AUGUUUUGCCGAAGUGCAGCAAAUUCUGCUCGGCCGACGGGUCGUCACUCGCCGGGGAACGGCGCGCUCAACUUCCCUGCGAAGGAGCGCGUCUCGCCCGGCGAAAGACUUGCUUUCGAAUGCAUAGGUCACGUGGACCUCGCCUUUAUAACAGAGUGUACAGAGCCAGUGGGUGGGUUCGCCGCACCCGCUGUUGAUCUCCCGCGCCGAGAAGAGAGAGAGAGAGAGACGAGAGAGAGAGAGAGAGAGAGAGAAGUUAUUACGCAUGGCGGGACGCUGAGGCCGGGGAUUGGAUUCGCCCUCAGCUCUGCGCCCGCGAUCUUCAGCGGGCAGCUAAAAGAAUACUACUGGAUGGAAAUGAAUCGCACAUGCCCUUGUCCGUUUGUGGACUGGCGUAUCGAGCCCUGCGCGGUGGGGGAAGGCCCAGAGCGGCCGUGCGUCGUCAGUUGUCGGGGAGGCUUCGCCGCGCCCGGUCCAUUCCCUGCCCGGCGCGUUCGGGCGCCGUCGGCCGCCGCGAAUUGCGGUGAAUCGUUUUCAGCGGAACACCAGCUGCCGCGAAUCGGGUGUUAUCACAGAAGGCUCCGCUCCGGCGCAGUGUUUGUGUUGGGGAGUGAAUUGGCGAGCCGUGUGCAGGAUGCGGAGGCCUUGAGGAGCAGAGGCGCGCAGGGGGCCAUGACGGGCCUGCUGCUCCUCGCCGUCCUCGCCGCGUUUGCCGCCCUGGCAGGGUCUGGACGGAACGAUCCGCGUUUGAAGACGUCCGAAGGAAAGUUGUUCUGGACUUACCAGUGUGCGGAUGACGCCACCGGCCCGAAACGGAAUUGUCUGUUUCGUCCCGAGGUGCGCGCAACCCACACACGCUGCUGCCUGUCCGGGGCCUGUCCGGCCCAUACCAACCCCCGACACACGAGCGGCGCAAAAUGUCACGUCCGUUGCUCGAUAGGCCGCAAGGAUACGAUUAGCGCGCAACGGGUGUCAUUUGUCCUGGUAUUUGCUAGCAAGCGUGGAUCCCGCGGCAUAGAGCAAGGCGACGGACCGACUAUUGCUGGUGUCCAACAGCCGGGAAGAAGAGAAUCUUAA